UUCUGAACCGAAGAAUGCCCGCUAUAAAUACACACAAAAAAAAAAACAUUGAACCCAGAAACAGAAAGAAAUACACCCUCCCAUGGCUACAAACUCUCACAAUAACAUUAAUAAUGGCGACGUAUCUGGGUCUGCCUCUUCGACCGGUGCUGACCGUGGUAGUGGUCUCAGCUACCUCAUCGUACGGCCAGAAAAGGGUGGAAUAGGGGACUUGUAUCGCUACCUGGUGCGUGCGGACAUGGCGAGCGGGGUCGCCUUCCUGGAGGGUUCCGACGAGGGACUGGUGUCUGCGGCGGCGGCCGACCAUAGAUGGGUCAUCCUCGUAUCCAUCAUUGUGCGCAAGAUCAUUACCUUUUUUCGCAAGCCCAUGGAGUGGACUGGCUAUGCCGUCGACUUCUUUCUCAAUCUCUUCUUUCUCAACGGCAACCUCUUCGGUCUACUCUGCAACCUCUUACAUGCAGGAAAAGUAGUCGUGCCACAGCGGGAGACAGAGAGUUUCAUAAGUACAAUUGGACAUUUAGAUGGGCGGGUAGACCUAUACAACGGCCAAAGCUUACUGCAAGAGAAUGGGGACUCUGUUUUGGGAGAGGGAAGCAGAAAAGUAGAAAUGGGGAAUCGGGCUCUUAUGGACAUUUGCAUCAUGGCUUCCAAGUUAGCCUAUGAGAAUGCACAAGUCAUUAGAAAUAUUGUAGUUCACCAGUGGAAGAUGCACUUUGUGAAGUUCUACAACUGCUGGAAUGAUUUUGAAAAGGAGAUGUCGACCCAAGUGUUCAUACUAUGUGACAAGAGUGAAGACGCAAAUCUGAUAUUGAUCAGCUUCAGGGGCACCGAGCCUUUUGAUGCCGAUGAUUGGAGUACUGAUUUUGACUACUCUUGGUAUGAAAUCCCAGGAUUAGGAAAAGUUCACAUGGGAUUCUUAGAAGCCUUAGGUUUAGGCAACAGAACUGAUGCUGUCAGCUUCCAAAACCACCUUGAAGGGAAAGACAUGAGGUUCAACUCUUCAAAUGGUGUUGAUGUUAGCACAAUCCCUUCAGAAGGCACAGAAUCAGUAUCCCCAAACGCUGAUUCUGACACGGACCAAGGUGGACGGGAUCGGUCUUCAAACUCAGAGGGGGCUGCUAGUGCUGGCAUUAAGAAGAUUCCCCCAGAAAUGGUGGAGAUGACUGCAUACUAUGGUGUAAAAAGUAAGCUCAAGAGCUUACUCAAGGAGCACAAGAAUGCAAAGUUCAUAGUCACUGGGCAUAGCUUAGGUGGGGCGCUUGCCAUAUUAUUCCCAACAGUGCUUGUGCUGCAUGAGGAGGAGGAGAUCAUGCAAAGGCUGUUGGGUGUAUACACAUUUGGACAGCCUAGAGUUGGGAACAAGGAGCUGGGGAGGUUCAUAGAAGCCCAUUUGGAUUAUCCAGUCCCUAAGUACUUCAGGGUGGUCUACUGCAACGACCUUGUGCCAAGGUUGCCUUACGACAACAAAACCUUCCUGUAUAAACAUUUUGGAGCGUGCCUUUACUAUGACAGCCUAUACAUUGAAAAGAACAUGGAUGAGGAGCCAAACAGAAAUUACUUUGGAAUGAGAUACGUGAUACCAGAGUAUCUGAAUGCCAUUUGGGAGUUAAUCCGAGCUUUAGCAAUGGGCUACACCCAUGGGCCACAGUAUAAGGAAGGCUGGUUUUCCAUAUUGCUCAGGGUAAUAGGACUGGCACUCCCUGGUAUUUCUGCACAUUGCCCCGCCGAUUAUGUAAACUCUGUGAGGCUUGGAAGGGAACGCACCAUGCAGAUGUCCUCCUUCUAAGAAAAUGUUCUAUAAAUAAUGCUUGUUAUACGGUAGAAUAAGAAUGGAGUCAUCUAGUCAAGAGGCCGGUCAGAAUAAUGGCGCGCUUUCUCAAGUUAUAUGUUUUCUGUGCUAAGAAUGCAGUCCCAACUCUUUCCAUUUUUGUGCAGAAA